AUGGGGUGCACCGUUGGAGAUAUAUGUAAUGCAUCUCGAGACAUCAAAACAUACGCAUAUGGGUGCGAUGUUCAAGUGGUGUUGGACGAUAUGCGUAGGAAGAAGGAACUGUCUGAUGCAUUUACUUAUCACUACGAAGUGAACAAUGAGAACCAUUUGCAAGACCCUUUUUGGUGCGAUGGUGUGUCGAAGAAGAAUUACCACAUGUUUGGUGACAUUGUAGGUUUCAACUCCACAUAUAAUACGAACAAGUAUUAUAUGAUAUUUACCUCAUUCACUGGGAAGGAUAAUCAUGGGAAACCUGUUACUUUCGCUGUUGGGCUAGUUUCGAACGAGAAAACAGGUGCAUUUGUAUGGUUGUUUAAACAUAUCUUUGAGUGCAUGGGUGUCGCACCCAAAAUGAUCGUAACUGACCAGGAUGGAGCUAUGCAGACAGCUUUUGAGGAAAUUUUCGUUGGCACAAAACAUUGUUGGUGUAUGUGGCAUAUAAUGUACAAGCUAGCUGUCAAGGCGCCGAAGAAGCUCCUCACAGAUGACCGUUUCAAGAAAGAGUUCAACGCUUGCGUGUGGUCCGACUUACAUGAACCGACGGAGUUUGAAGAACUAUGGAAUGGAAUCAUUGAAGAAUACGGUAUUCAAGAUGUGGAGUGGUUCAACACCAUGUAUUGGAUACCUGCGUACUUUAGGGAUUUUCCUCUGGGCUCAAUGAUAAGGACUUCAUCUGUGUCUGAGUCAGAGAACAGUUUUUACAAGAAAUUUUUGAAGCCUCGACACAGAUUUUUAUGCUGCCACAUAUUUUACUUGUUCAAGAACAAUGAAGUUCGUGCCAUCCCAGAUAAGUAUGCUGAAAGCAAGUGGAUGAAGACACCGUUAGCAAAAGAUGUACAUGGAUACAUGGUUGACUCUUUGGAAAACACGCGCGUGGUUGACGAGAAGAUGACUUUAUCCAAUGAAGCCAACACUCUGUUUUACAGUUGCCUUGGUCUUUACCAGGCCAGUGUUGAUACAUUGUGGGCGUUUGUUAGUGGCCUCAACAAAGAAUUCGUGUUGUUACAUAAUACGACAAAAUCAGAAUAA